UUACUGUUAUGUCAUUGGAGAACAUUUAUUAAGCCAAAGAUACUAACUAAAGGAAUCGAAAUGAAAAGAAACAACACGUACAGGUUUCUCUCCGUGUGUUCCUGUCUCAUCGUGUGCGCUUCUUUGUUCUUGUUUUGGUUUUUCGUCUUUUACUCUAUAAUGAAUGCGCCGUGAAAACCUAACAAAUUUAUUUAUAGUAACCUCAAACACCUGGAAUGCUAGGCUAACCAGGUUUUCUCUCUUUGAUGAACCAGUCGUUUUUAAAAGCGAAAUUAGGUCGGGUUUGAACUGACCGUAUUCCUCAACGUGCUUUGUAGCUUCAUAAAAAAGUAGACCUUUAACUUAUUUAAUAAGGUCAACACUUGAGUUAAUUUUAUGAUAUUUGUCAAUAGCUAACUAGCCAAAGCUAGCAACCAAGCUAUCUAUCUAGGCUGUACCAUGCCCUAUGUUCUCUGUACGGAUGUGUAAACAAAAACGACCAGACUCGUAUGCGUUGGCAUUUUGUUUUUGGAUACGUAAAAAUAGUUAAAAACAGUUAAAUAAAGUUAGAACAGUCAGUAAACAGAUAUUUCGAAAUAUAUAGCAACAUUUAGCAUAAACAUAGGCUAUUUAGCCACCGUGAGCUAAUCCUGCUUCACUUCCGUACUGCGGCUGCGCAGCACGGUACGUCACGGCUUCACGUGAUUAAAACAAGGAAGUAAAUUUCUGAACUGUGCUUAAUGCUCAAAUGGCAGCUGAAUCUGUGGAAAAGGGCACAGCUCUUCCCAAGUUGCAGUUUGCCCCUUUCUCCAGUGCCCUAGAGGCAGGAUUCUGGCAUCAGCUCACCCAGAAGAAACUCAAUGACUACCGGCUGGAUGAAAGCCCAAAAAGCAUCAAAGGAUAUUAUUAUAAUGGUGACCCAUCUGGCCUCCCUACGCGUCUGACUCUGGAGUUCAGUGCGUUUGAUGUUGAUGGACCGACUCCAGCUUACUGCUGUCCUGCUAAGGGGACUUUGCACAAUACCAACACACUCGAAGCCUUUAAAUCCACUGACAAGAAAGCACUUCUGGAUAAAUUAGCUAACGAGAUAUGGAUGGCCAUACAGUCAGGUGCCGCAGUGGAAGACCCUUCAAUCCUGAACAAGUUCAUCAUCUUGACAUUCGCGGAUUUAAAGAAAUAUCAGUUUUAUUACUGGUUCUGCUUCCCUGCUCUCUGCUUCUUGGAAGGAAUUCAGCUUAUUAAAGCUCCGGUGUUGUUACAGCAGAAAUUCUCCCCUCGGCAGGUGUUUGCUGUUCAAGCAGCCUAUGAUGAGCUGUGUUCUUCAAGUGGAGCCACAGCUGUGCCAUAUUUCCUCAUCAAGUACUCUGAAGACAGUGUUAAAGUGGCUCUGCUGAAAGACUGGGACUCAUUCUUCACAGAUCUAAAGAAGGUAACCGUGGGCGUCUACGACCCAUGCACUCUGCCUCAACAUCCUGGCUGGCCUCUUCGCAAUUUCCUGAUCCUCCUCGCUAGUAAAUGGGGGUCACAGCUGGACGUGCUUGAAAUUGUGUGCUUCCGAGACAGGACGCUCCAGGGAAGUCGAUCGGUGCAGCACAGCCUUGUUUUGGAAGUGAAGCUCCCCAGUCUGACUCCCCUGUCUGCAGCUUGUCCAAAGAGUGUGGGCUGGGAGAAGAACCCCAAAGGAGCAAUGGGACCAAGAAGUGUCAAUCUCAGUGAAUGCAUGGACCCAAAAAGACUUGCAGAAUCAUCAGUCGAUUUGAAUCUGAAGUUGAUGCGUUGGCGCCUUGUCCCCUCUCUGGAUUUGGAUAAGGUUGUGUCCACCAAGUGUCUUUUGCUUGGAGCUGGUACACUGGGCUGCAAUGUGGCAAGAACACUCAUGGGCUGGGGAGUAAGACACAUCACAUUUGUGGACAAUGCAAAGAUCUCGUACUCGAAUCCUGUGCGUCAGGCUCUCUAUGAGUUUGAGGACUGCCUGAGUGGAGGAAAAACUAAAGCCUUGGCUGCAGUAGACAGAUUAAGGAAGAUCUUCCCCGGCGUGAAUGCCGAGGGGUUCAACAUGAGCAUCCCGAUGCCCGGCCACCCUGUCAGCUUUUCGGAAGUGACGAUGGCUCAGGCGCAGAAAGACGUGGAGCAGUUGGAAGCACUGAUUUCAGCACAUGACGUCGUCUUCCUCCUCAUGGACACACGGGAGAGUCGAUGGCUCCCCACCGUCAUCGCAGCCAGCCAGAGAAAGCUUGUAGUAAAUGCAGCACUCGGGUUUGACACCUUUGUUGUAAUGAGGCAUGGCCUUAAGAAACCCAAAGGCUCAGGAGCUGGAGACUCCAGUCCUUCAUCAUCCUUGUCCGCAUCAGACUCAUCUUCAGCAUCCACACCAGCGACACCAGGGACAUCUCUGUUCUCCAACAUACCUGGCCAUCGACUAGGCUGUUACUUCUGCAAUGAUGUUGUUGCCCCUGGAGAUUCAACCAGAGACAGGACUCUGGACCAGCAGUGUACAGUGAGCCGGCCUGGAUUGGCCAUGAUUGCCGGAGCUCUGGCUGUUGAGCUGAUGAUCUCCAUCCUACAGCACUCAGAGGGAGGCUAUGCGGUGGCAAGUAGUAGUGAUGAUCGCAUGAAUGAACCGCCGACCUCACUUGGCCUCGUCCCGCAUCAGAUUCGAGGCUUCCUCUCCAGAUUUGACAAUGUCCUUCCUGCCAGCUUGGCUUUUGAUAAAUGCACUGCCUGCUCACAAGUGGUCCUGGAUCAUUAUGAGCGUGAAGGAUUCCAGUUUUUGUCCAAGGUGUUUAACUCAUCUCAUUCCUUCCUGGAGGAUUUGACAGGUCUGACCCUGCUGCAUCAGGAGACGCAGGCUGCUGAGAUUUGGGACAUGAGUGAUGAUGAAAGUAUUUGAUGACGGCUGCGCUGCCAGAAGAACCUGACGCAGAUCCGUGGACACUUCAGCCAGCCUGCAAGGCAUUUAUCACCAAACCUCGGGUCACCCUCACUCAGGCGGAGCUUAAUAUUAUUAACAGGCAUUCACUCGUAACUGUCUGGUACACGUGCUACACUUAGUAAAAACAAAAACAAACGAAGA